AUGAUGAACUUAACAUACCUUAACCUCUCUCAAGCUGGAUUUGGUGGAAGAAUUCCCCAUCAAAUUACCAAUCUUUCCAAUUUGCUCUACCUUGACAUUGGAGGCAAUCAUUUCAUGGGAAGCAUACCUCAAGAAAUUGGAAACCUCUCCAAUCUGAUCUAUCUUGAUCUCAGAGGUUCUUAUCAAUCUGAUGUGGAUGGAUUUUAUGUUGGAAAUCUUCAGUGGCUUGGAGGAACAAUUGCAUCAUGGGUUGGACAACACUUGCCAAAUGUGAAGAUUCUUGUUCUUAAAUCAAAUAAGUUCUCUGGUCAAGUUCCCUUUCAAAUAUGUUACAUGAGGUUAUUACAAGUCUUAGACCUUGCACAAAACAAGUUGACAGGACAAAUACCCAAAUGCAUCAACCAUUUGAGUGCUAUUUCAAUAGUAAAUAGUAGUUCAGAAUCAUACAUUCUUUGCAAUGGAGCAAACAACACAAGGCAUCUGGUUCUUGAGGAGCUCCUUUCCCUAAAAGGGAGAGUUGAUUAUAGAGCUAUUCUUGGUCUCAUCACAAGUAUUGACCUUUCAAGCAACAAAUUAUCUGGAGAGAUACCAAUGGAAAUCACAAGACUUAAGGGGUUACACUUUCUAAAUGUUUCUAAUAAUUGUUUGAGCGGUCAAAUUCCAAAAACUUUUGGGAACUUGGAGUCACUAGAGUCUGUCGAUUUCUCAAGGAAUCAUCUUGUUGGUGAAAUCCCACAAAGCAUAACCAAGUUAAGCUUCUUGAGCUUUCUGAACUUGUCAAGAAAUGAUUUGGAGGGAAGAAUUCCUACAGGGACAGAGUUGCAAAGCUUUGAAGCAUCUAGUUUUGCUGGCAACAACCUUUGUGGUCCUCCUCUCACUAAUAACUGCACUUCAAGUGAUCCAGAUCAAGAUGAUAAGAAUGGUGAUCAUGGGGAGGGGAUUGAUUGGUUUUUUGUAAGCAUGACAUUGGGGUUUGUGGUGGGAUUUUGGGUUGUGGUAGGUCCUUUGCUCUACAAGAGAUUAUGGAGAUAUGUUUAUUUCCAAUUUCUAGAUGGCAUAUGUAAAACUGAUAAAGCACCUAUUUGCAUCGAGGAAGGUAGAAAGCUUGGCGUUGCUGUCAGCACCUGA